AUGACCAACCGUGAUUUCACUCCGAGUCCCACCGAGGAGAAACCUCGCUCCAUCGAAUCGGACGACAAGCUCUCGUCCAAGGAAGGCCUCGAACAUGAUCAACUCAAUCAGCUCGAGGUCGCCACCCGCUCCGUCGUCUCCACCGAGGGCGUCAUCGAUGCUGCCGAGCUGGACCGCGUCCUUGACGAAGCUGCUAUCGAGGCUGCCGGACAGGGCGAGAACAACAGUCUCUACCUCUGGAUUCUCACCCUCUUUGCCACCAUUUCGGGCCUCUUGUUCGGCUAUGACACGGGCGCAAUCUCGAGCGUGCUCGUGCAAGUAGGCACCGAUCUUGACAACAGGCCCUUGACAGACGGCGACAAGGAGUUCAUCACAUCGGCACUCACCGUUGGAGCCAUCAUCUCUGCCCUUUUUGCUGGCGUGAUCGCAGACAAGAUCGGCCGAAAGUGGACGCUUGUCAUCUGCGACAUCAUGUUCAUCGUCGGCGCCGUCGUACAAGCCGCCGCUCACAAGAAGUGGGAAGUCAUCCCGGGCCGCCUGAUUCUCGGCCUGGGAGUCGGCGCAGCUUCCCAGAUCACGCCGGUCUUCAUUCAGGAGCUAGCCCCAGCUCGUGCGAGAGGUAGGCUGACAUGCCUCAACUCGAUUGCAGUCACAGGUGGCCAAGUUCUCGCAUAUGCCAUCGGCGCCGGAUUUGAGAACGUCUCCUCCGGUUGGCGUUGGAUCAUCGCUCUUGGCGCCUUCCCCCCAAUCGUUCAGAUGCUCGGCAUCCACUUUUACAUGUCCGAGUCCCCGCGAUACCUCAUCAAGCAACGCCGUGACGACGAGGCCAUCCGCGCCCUUGCUCGCAUCUACCCGAUCGCCACUCCCGAGCAGAUCGCUGCCAAGAUCAACGUCAUGAAGAAGCACAUCCAGGUCGAAGACAGUCCGCUCUCCCACAGGAUUGCGAAGGUCUGGACUGAUGUUCCUACCAGGCGAGCUGUGUUCCUCACCUCGAUGAACCUUGUCGCUCAGCAGCUCUCAGGUUUCAACUCUUUGAUGUACUUUAGCUCGUCCAUCUUCCAGAAGGCUGGGCUCCGGAACGCCACGGCAACGAGCUUGAUCGUCAGCGGCGCCAAUUUCCUCUGCACCUUCAUCCCGCUCAAGUACAUCGACCGCUUCGGGCGCCGACGCUUCCUCCUUGCAACGAUGCCCUGCGUUGUUCUCUUCCUCGCCUGCACGGCAGGAAUCUUCGCCAAGAUGCUCGAGCCUACCAACCAGCGAUUCGCAGAGGGCUACACCUACCCGACCUCCUACACCUCGGCGAUGCUCGUCUUCAUGGUUCUGUACGUCUGCUCGUACGCCAUCGGUCUUGGCAACGUCCCCUGGCAGCAGGGCGAGUUCUUCUCCACCGAGACGCGCAUGAUCGGCACCUCGAUCUCGACCGCGGCCAACUGGAGCGGAAACCUCGUCGUCUCGUCGACCUUCCUCAGCCUCAUGAAUGCCAUCACUCCCUCCGGUGCCUUCGGCUUUUACGCCGGUCUCACCACCAUCUUCACCCUCAUCGUCUACUUCCUCUACCCCGAGACGUCGCUGCUCUCGCUCGAAGAGGUCAGGACCACCCUCGACGGUGGAUUCAACGUCAAGAAGAGUCUCAAGGUGAGGAAGGAGAAGAUUGCGCUGUGGAAGGCGCAAAAGGAGGCGGCUCGUGCCGAGACUUCCGCCUGA